AUGCAGCCGCCGCCGCGCAAGGUGAAGCUCACCCAGGAGGUGCGGGUCCACCUCCUCGAACAGCUCUCGGGCCUGCAGGGCAAGCAGCAGCGGGACGCCGAGCUGCUGGAGGACAUCAGGUCCUACAGCAAGCAGAGGGCUGCCAUCGACAGGGAGUACGGGCAGGCGCUGCAGAGGCUGGCGAGCCAGUUCGUGAAGAGAGACUGGCAGCGGGGCCGCGGCGAGGCCGGUGACUCGAGGAGCGCGGUCGCUGUCUGGAAGGGCGUCAUCGAGGGGACCGCGCACGCCGGGCAGGUCCGUGUCACCGCCUCGGAGAGCUACCGUGCCCUCGCCACAGAGGCCGCCCGGACUGCCCGCCUCUCCAAGGAGAGAAUGCUCAAGAAGGGCAUCGAGCGGCUGCAGAAGGCACAGGCGGAACUGCUGGAGACAGUGAAGGAGCUGGACAAGGCAAAGAAGCAGUUCACCCACCUCCAGCGGAGCAGCGAGGUGGCCAAGGACAAGGCAGCCGACGUGGAGGCUCGGCUCCGGAAGAGCGACCGGAGGAUAUUUCACACCAAGGCCAGCCUGCAAAAGCUCAGUGCCAAGUUCUCGGCACGGCUGGCUGAGCACUCGAGGCAGCUCGUGGGGGUGCAGAACGAGUACAGCUUCGCCCUGGUGUCUGCCACCGCCCACCUGGAGCAUUACCGGCGGGUGGAGCUGCCCGCGCCAUCCCAGGCGCUGGAUGGUGACCUCUACGAACGGCUGCGGGAGCACUUGUCAGCGGCCAGCCGGACAGAGGUGGAGACCUGCCGGGCCACACGGGACUGGUUCCAGGGUGUUGCAGAGGCAUCCGCACGGGUAUGCCGGGAGCAGGACCUCCUCCUCUUCCUGCAGGACCACCCUGCCUUCGCCCUGGCCCCCGAGCAGCGCUUCCAGCUCACUGGGGUGGAGGAGGUGUGCCUGCUGCCACCGGAGGAUGACGGGGCCAGCCUGGAGAAGGAGGCACGGCGCUGGGCCACACGGGUGGCUCGGGACCGCAAAAACAAGGCGCACAGCGAGGAGGUGCUGCAGCGGCUGGAGGCCAGGCGGCAGCAGGUCCCAGAGGCAGAGGCGGCCGCUGUGGAGCGGCAGAUGGAAGAAGCGAGGGAAAACAUCCGGAAGGUGGAGGUCAGCCAGGUGAAGGCAGAGGCACGGCUGGCGCUGCUGCGGGCAGCAGGCCUGGACGUGGAUGCUUGGCUGGCGGGGGCCAUGGUGGGGGCGGCUGAGGAGGCACCCACAGGGCUGGAUCUGGCCGAGUUCGAUGACUACGAGGACAGCGAUGAGCUGGACGAGGACGAUGAGCCCGGCCCUGCUGCCCGCACCUACCCCUAUACCUGCCGGGUGAUCUUCGGGUACCAGGGCUGCCAGGCAGACGAGCUGUCCAUCACCCAGGGCGAGGAGCUGGAGAUCAUCGAGGACGGAGACGCAGAGGAGUGGGUGAAGGCUCGGAACAAGGCAGGCCAGGUCGGCUACGUCCCUGAAAAGUACCUGCUGUCCCUGGGCAGUGAGCCGGGGGACGGGGCUGGCCCCCCGGGACCCUCUGCCCUGCACCGCCAGCUCUCCAGCAUCAUGGCCGCAGAGCUGGUGCUGGAGCCCGGAGCCUGGCUGGUGCGAGCCCUGUAUGACUACGAGGGGCAGAGCCCCGAGGAGCUGAGCUUCCCCGAGGGGGCCAUCAUCCGGGUGCUGCCCCGUGCCCCCGGCGAGGUGGAUGACGGCUUCUGGACGGGCGACUUCGAUGGCCGCGUCGGCGUCUUCCCCUCCCUGGUGGUGGAGGAGCUCACCGGGGGCCAGGGGCAGCUGGGCAGGUCGGUGGCAGGGAGGGAGCUGCCAUCACCGUCCCCGCCGCCUUUCUCCCCUCCCGGCCUUGUGCCCGGGACCAGCCUGGCCCCCAGCCCCUCUCCUGAAACGCCGCUGGGAGGCUGCAGGCAGGAUGGCACGGGCAGCGGGCAAAGCUCUCCGGACAUGGCAGCCACCCGCCUCCGGCCGGUAAGCCCCAUCACAGCGAUGCUGUGCCCCCCAAACCUGCCCCCAGCCCUCCCGUAAAGGGACGGUGCCACCUGUGUACUUUGGGGGGGUCUGAAGGGGGGCGAGCGGCCCCGGCAUGUCGGCACUGCUUCUCCUCUCUCUGCAGCUCCGCGCACCCCCCCCGCCGCCUGGCAGAGCCCCCGAGCCUGACCCCGAGCUGCACUUCAGCUGACCCUGUGGGUCCCCCUGUCCCCCUGCUCCCCAAAAAGCUUCGCCCGAGCGAGCCGCCGCAGGCUGCUGUCCUGGCAGCAGGGGCUGGUGCUGCCCCGUGCCCCGAGCUGGUCUCUCCGGGGGCCGCAUCCUGCCCAGCGCUGCCUGCAGAGUGGUCCUGCAUCCCUAUACAGCACGGGGCAUCCUGGCAGCCCCUUUAUCGGGGUGCUCAGUGCCAUGGCCGGGCCCCAUCUCACAGCUCUUGCCUCUGCCUCUUCUGCCUGGCAUCGCCUGUGCACCCCCAGUGCAGCCCUGGUUCCCUGGGGGGGCUCAGCCUCAGGGCCCUGCCUGCCCCCCGGGCAUCUCCCCGCAGGCAGGAGUGGGCAGGUGGGGGCUGUGCCCCAAUAAAGCCAGUUGACUCUGCCGAGGGGUUCAGCAGCUUUUAAUGGUU